AUGAACCCCUUGGACCAUGUAGAAUUCAGAAGGCAAGGCCAUAUGAUAAUAGACUUCCUUGCCGAUUAUUAUGAAAAUAUCAACAAUUACCCUGUCCGAAGCCAAGUCAAUCCCGGUUAUCUAGUAGAAAGGUUGCCUGAUCAUGCUCCAUUUAUCCCAGAGUCAAUUGAAAGCAUACUAAAUGAUGUCGAGAAAGAUAUUAUCCCAGGCUUAACACAUUGGCAAAGUCCAAACUUUUUUGCCUACUUUGCAUCCAGCGGAAGCACAGCAAGUUUUCUUGGUGAAAUGCUUAUGAAUGGGUUUAAUGUUGUCGGAUUCAAUUGGCUUGCAUCUCCUGCAGCAACAGAGCUAGAGAUCGUGGUCAUGAAGUGGCUAUCAAAACUACUCCAACUUCCGCCGGCCUUCUCAUUCUCAGGUGGUGGUGGGGGUGUUUUGCUUGGCACUACGUGUGAGGCCUUCAUUUGCACCCUGAUUGCAGCAAGAGACAAGAUGCUUGAUCAAAUAGGAAGAGAAAACUAUGAGAAGCUUGUUGUCUAUUGUUCGGAUCAAACCCAUGUGGGUCUCAUGAAAGCAGCCAAAAUUGUUGGAAUAAAACCGGAGAAUGUUCGACAAGUCAUGACAACCAAGUCCACAAACUAUAAACUCUCUCCACAACGACUGGAAGAGUUGAUUAAAAGAGAUGUUGAAGCUGGCUUAUUUCCGUUGUAUUUAUGUGCUACUAUUGGAACAACGUCAACCACAACAGUGGAUCCGUUGGGACCCUUGUGUGAGGUGUCAAGCAAAUAUAAUAUAUGGGUCCACGUGGAUGCUGCAUAUGCCGGAAGUGCUUGUAUAUGCCCUGAGUUUCGUCACUUUCUUGAUGGUGUAGAGGGUGCUAGUUCCUUUAGUUUCAAUGCACACAAAUGGCUCCUCACAAAUCUUGCUUGUUGCUGCCUUUGGGUGAAAGACAAAUCGGCUCUCACAAAAUCUCUCUCCACGAACUCGGAAUAUUUGAAAAACAAAGCCACUGAAUCAGGACAAGUUGUGGACUUCAAAGACUGGCAGAUAACACUCACAAGACGAUUCCAAGCGUUGAAGUUAUGGAUGGUACUACGGAGUUAUGGGGUGACUGGUUUGAGGCAGUUCUUAAGAAACCAUGUGAAAAUGGCUAAAGAUUUGGAAAGGUUGGUGACCAUGGACAGUAGGUUUGAGAUUGUGGCACCUAGAUACUUUUCUGUGGUUUGUUUUAGGGUUUCACCCUAUGCGAUUAAUCAGCACCACGGCAACCACGAUGAAGUAAAUGAAUUCAAUAGUAAAUUACUGGAAGCAAUAAAUGCAACAGGGCUUGUUUACAUGACGCAAUCAGUGGUUGACGGAGUUUACUUUAUCCGGUUUUCUAUUGGAGCAACACUCACCGAAGAUAGGCAUGUAAAGAUGGCUUGGGAGUUGGUGCAGGAUCAAGCAACUUCCCUGUUGGGUACACUGGCACCAAAGAAGGCUUCUAAUGGAAAACACACCAAGCAGAUCGAAGACCACUUUAUGUAA